GCUCCAUCCCAUCUCCCACCUGCACCCAUCCGCCGCCUUGUCUGAUCCUUGUCGCCGCCAUCAUGAUCGCCUGGAAAUUGUCUACGCUGUUCCUAUCCUCGCUGUGUGCGCUCAAUGCUUUUGCAGCAAUUGAGGUCGAGAACGUCGAAGAAGUCGUCGGCGAGCAGCCCCAGACGCCCAAUCUGAAGGUCUCCAUCUCUGCCAGCUUCCCGCAGUCUGAGAUCUUCGGUGUCAAGCUGAUCAACGGGCACGCGACCCAGGCUCGCCUGUCCAUCGACAACCAGGAGCCCGAGGCCGUCACCGUUCAGAUUGUCGGCGGCUCUUUGAUCAAGGAUGCGGGCGACCAGACGCAAAUCCUGCGCAACCUCACCGGCCAGCGCUAUGGAUUGGAGAUCCCCGGCGGUGAGGAGCAGACGCUGACCUACAGCUUCGCGACCGAGAUGCACCCCCAGGACGUCCGCCUGCAGCUCGUCGCCGUGAUCCAGGACAAGAAGAACGCUUUCUACACCAUCUCCGCCUACAACGAGACCGUCUCCAUCGUUGAGGCGCCUACCAGCAUCUUUGACCCGCAAAUCAUCUUUUUGUACCUCGUUCUUCUCGGCGCUUUUGCCGGCACCGUCUACUUCAUUUACAACACCUGGAUCACAACCCUUUUCCCUCAGCAGAAGCGCGGCGGCAAGGGUGGAGAGCGCGCGAAGAAGUCUUCUGGUGGCUCCAAGAAGGUCGACCCGUCCGAGCAGGUUGCCGUUGUCGGUGCCGACGGUCCCGCCGUUGCUGCUACCGGUUCCAAGACCUACGACGCGAGCUGGAUCCCUGCCCAGCACCUGCAGCGCCCCGAGGCCAAGCGCGUCAGGAGCGGCACCCCCAAAACCAAGGUUAAGAGCUAAACGACCAAAAGCAUGGCACGUCGACCAGGUGUCUGUUGUAUACGAUGGGUGGAAGCCAUCUUGGAUAUUAUGAAGAACUGUAUUCUUUGCACUGGGGGCGCGUUACACUCUGUAAGAAUAUGUAAGAGACGGUCGGUGCGGCAUGGCAUGGACCCGGCGGUUAGAAGGUCAUGGCAUAUCACAAAAGCAUUUAUGGUACAAUUACGCAAACGAAUGGACAAAUCUUUGCUGUCUCGGGUAUCGCCUCUAAAGAUGAAUAGUCCAUUGAUAGUUAGUUGCGUGACACAGCUCUCAUCACUCUUGCUUCCAUUCC